CACAAGAGUCUCCGCUACGAGCGCGGAUUACAGCCAGUCUAAAAGUGGUAACUUGAAGACGAGAGAAAUAAACUGCUGUGGAAAGUAACUUGAUAACUGGGAUGAAUUUUGUUAGAUUGCCCAAAUUAUAUGUAAUAGCGCGUACUGUCAAGCUGGUUCGCGGAGAGACGCGGUGAAAGCGGGGGAGGCGUUGCGUUAAAGUCACGUUAAGGUGACACUUUUUGAUUACAAUGUAUUUUUUAACAUUCCUGCCAGUUCUCUAAGAGUCGGCAGCCAGGUGAUCGCUCUCAGGAUCAGCGGAGGAAUACGCAUUUGUUGCACAUGAGCAUGGAGUAAGAUGGAAGCUACACGCGCAAACUUUACAGAUGCGCGAUGUGACCAGCGCUGCCGAGUGAAGCAAGCUCCAGAGUGAAGAGAAACUGAUGGACUGAAUGGACGGCGGCAUGUUUUCUGGUCAGGCUGGUCUGAAUUACAGCUUCAACCUGAGCGAUGACCGAGAUUUGCUGGACGCGCCGGCGGGCUCGGCGAAGCUCUCUCCGGCGGGCUUUGUGGUGCUGUCCGUGGUGCUGGGCUUCAUCAUGACUUUCGGCUUCCUGAACAACUUCAUUGUGUUGCUGCUGUUUUGCAAAUUCAAAAAGCUGCGGACACCGGUGAACAUGCUGCUGCUGAACAUCAGCGUGAGCGACAUGCUGGUGUGUUUGUUCGGCACCACUCUCAGCUUCGCCUCCAGCAUCCGCGGAAAGUGGCUGCUGGGGCGCAGCGGCUGCAGCUGGUACGGCUUCAUCAACUCUUGCUUUGGUAUAGUUUCGCUGAUCUCUCUGGUGAUCCUCUCCUACGACCGCUACAGCACCCUUACUGUUUACAACAAGCGUGGGCCAGACUACCGUAAGCCCCUAAUAGCCGUUGGGGGCUCUUGGCUGUACUCCUUGUUCUGGACAGUGCCCCCCCUACUGGGCUGGAGCAGCUAUGGCAUAGAGGGGGCAGGAACAAGCUGUUCUGUGUCCUGGACUGCUAACAGUGCCCAAUCGCACGCCUACAUCAUCUGCCUCUUCAUUUUCUGCUUGGGUCUGCCUGUCAUAGUGAUGAUCUACUGCUACAGCAGAUUGCUUUGGGCAGUCAAACAGGUGGGUAAGAUCCGAAAGACUGCAGCCCGGAGGAGAGAGUACCACAUUCUGUUCAUGGUGCUGACCACUGCAGCCUGCUACCUGCUGUGCUGGAUGCCUUAUGGUGUCGUGGCAAUGAUGGCAACAUUUGGCCCACCCAACAUCAUUAGCCCCGUGGCCAGUGUAGUUCCCUCACUGCUCGCCAAGAGCAGUACCGUCAUCAACCCCCUCAUCUAUAUACUUAUGAACAAACAGUUUUACAGGUGUUUCCUGAUUCUGUUUCACUGCGAUCGCUGGUCAUCGGAGAAAGGCGACACCUCGAUGCCGUCCAAGACUACGGUAAUCCACCUUAACCGGCGCGUCUACAGCAACACGGUGGCCUGCACCGCCCAGAUCUCCACCGAAGCUCUCAACCAGUGCUACAGCACCGCAGACACCAAGCACACAAACCCUCCAGAGGUCACCCCCUGAACAUGAGCAUUAAUCAGACAGGAAUCACCGCCAUCACAAUGAAGCACGAAUAACCCAGAAUGUGAACUCCGGUGGACUGUGGACAAGAGCUUUCAGAAACUAGAUGUGCUUUUUCGUGUUAUGUGUAAACUUGUAUUUGUAGACCAUAAAUGUGCCCUUUUAAACCUUUUUUUCUUUUACUAUACAUAACACAAAAGUGCUAAACGACCACAGAAAUGCAUGUAAAGUAUGCAAACGCACACAUACAUGUACAUCCAUGUGUAAUGCAACCAGACAUGUUGGUAUCAAUCAGUUUUAUCAUCCACCACGCACCUUCUCCUGUUCAGUACAUGCAAAAAAAAAGGUAAGAACUUCAUUCAAACUUAUUUCUAAGUUUUUGCAUCUAUUAAAAUGUAUUUUUUAAUAAAGGGCACCGUCACUGUGGUGGGUUCAAGGUUUUAGUCUGUUUCUGAACUGAUGUGUAUGCAUUACAUUAAUUUCAGUAUAUAUUAUAUAUAUUUCAGUAUAUUACAUAUUCUUAGUUUUCAUCCUACAGUUUAAAAAGGCCAAAUUUAUUUUUUGAACUACAGGAUCUUUUUUUAAAUUUACAUUUUAAACAAAGAGUAAAAAAACCCCAGUAAAACAGCACCUGUUCCUUGCUGCUUGGUCAGUCGCUGUGUCACUGUAAAUGGGGAGGUCACUGCGCAGACUUGUGAUUUGAUCAGCAAGGAUCAUUUAAAGCAUCAUUUAACUCUGCUUUUCCUCUUUCCCUCCUGCUGCUUUGGCUUUAAAUGUUGAAGAAUUCGAAAGGUUAAGCCCCCAGAACCUUUAUCAUGCGUGUACUUCAGUUUUGUUCUGCAUGAAGGCGUUUAUUUGAAUUGUGUUCGUUUUUGUGUUUGUGCUGUGCUUUCUUUGGUUAUGAUUUAGUUGGUCUUACAAAGUUGUUUCUUUGCAGGUGUUUUUGCAGGUAUGAUUUCAUCUUCUUUCCAGAAUAAAAGGGCCAGUGUUUCAAAAUGAUUAUCCAGUAUGGCCAGCAACAGAAAAAGGAUGCCAGUCUGAUGACUGAUGGAAAUUACGGGCAUAUCUGGGAAACACAAUGCACAAAUUUAGGGAAACUGAUUACAUUUAGCUGGCCUUACUUAAAUGACAACUGCAAGACAUAAAGCAGAUAUCAGUAUUUUACUGCUUUUGUAGAUCUAGAACUAUAAUGGACCAGGACCUGCUCAAGAUUAAGGGAGUUAUAAGUGAGGUCAGAGUGCUCACACCUCAACCCACUGACAUAGAGUUGCAGAAAAUAUUGAUGAGUCAUUUUCCUCCUCACUUUUGUGCGGUGCCAUUCAGGACCUUCAGAAAAUGUGUGAUUGAGGUUGGUGCUUCUUCAAGAGGCUGCAAGCAAAAAAAUAAGCCACAACAAAAGCUUUGCUUACUCUUUCCAGUCUGCGAUGCAGCUGACUGCUCAGUGUAUUCAAUAAAAACAAGAAAAGCACUGUGUUAUUAGUUAAGUCAAAUUGUGUUUGUAAUUGUGACUCGGAUGAAAUUAAUUUUAAGAGUAGUCUGUUCAGAAAUGCUGGGUAUUACAAAUAACAUUAUCGUCACCAGUUUAAUUGUAUUUUAUUGCUGGAUUCAAAUGAUUUAAUAAAAAUGUCUGCUGCUGAAAAAGGAACGUAUCAUGCAUCGUAAAUUAGGUUGGAGGAUGGUGUGACAUUGUGAAUAUUAUAAAAAGCAAAAGGAACCUUUUCUUGUAUUUCCUAAAUGAAAGAGGUGCAAAUGAGGACAAAACAGAAAAUAAUACGUUUUUCUUAAUCACUUUUGACAAAACGCCAAUGUCUAAAACCAAAAGGAAUGGAAACACAUCCUGUAACAGCAACAGAUGGGUGACGGCUUUUUAUUUUCCCCUGAAGGUCAAAAUCUCAGCUGAGUGGAAAACAGUCUAAUUUAAAGUAACAUGACAAGUAUAAACAACAGAGUCCUCCAAGGAACAUUGUGACAUUUUAAAUACAGGCAGUCAUGCCUAACACUUCAGCAGGGUUUUGUUUCUCCAGUGUAAAGCUCUUUUGCCUUCCAUUUAAGCUGUGUAAUCAGCGACUGAUUCACAGAUUAUCAAGUGCAGUCACAAUGAAAACCAGCUGUAACGUGGGUCGCCCGAUGCACGGCAAACCAAAGCGCAGAUUCCUGGGUUGUGAUGCAGCAGAGCUGCUGGAUUAAGCUAAAAGAAAAGUGUAAUUAGAUUAAAGAGUGACCAGUUUCUCCUCUGCGCUCAUGUGCAACCCUCUGCAGUCCGCUGAAUUUGAAUUGACUUAUUUUUUUUAACAUGCUGUUUAGAUAUUUUAUAGCUGAUGCUUUAUUUAUGCUUUUGCAAGUUUUUCCCUUUGUACAGCAAAUAUCUGCUCACUAGCGUGAAUGCUACUUAGAUUUCGUGUUCUUGUGGAGUCUUUGUUGCUUUCCUGUUUCAAAAAUGUGUUUUUCCUCUAGCAGAAUCUUUUCAGACGAAUCUGGAAAAUGCCAGUUUGACAAGCAUAAUAUAGCAUGUUUCCCACUAAGGUGAUUCUCAAAGAGCUUUUAGCUGAAAAGUAGCCAUAUCUCAGCAUGGUGUGCGGUGUUUCCUUGAGAUAUCUGAGGAAACUUGAUAGGUGGAGGACAAAGCAAGAAUUGGCAGGCCUAAAAAAAUACAACAUCCAAAGAAGAGCUUUGAAAAUCUUUCAAGAAGCCUGGACAACAAUUCAAUGAAGACUACUUAAAGAAAUUUCAGGAAAGUUUUCCCUAGCAAGUUCAGGAUGUGUGCAGCUUUUCAAGAAUAAGACAAUCA